UUGUUCUCACGAUGGCGCUGGGACUGGUCGGGACGUUUCUCCUGGUCUCCUGUAUCACCGCCCUGCUCUACCUGAUCGCACGGAGGGGCAAAAAGAAGCCGGGAAACCUGCCCCCAGGACCGACCCCACUGCCCCUGCUGGGGAAUAUGAUGCAGGUUUCAGCCACAGAAAUACCUCGGGACCUGGUUAAGUUGAGCAAAACGUACGGCCCGGUGUACUCUCUCCACCUGGGCGGCCAACGCGCCGUGGUAUUUGUCGGGUACGACGCAGUGAAGGAAGCUCUUUCGAACGACGCGUUUGUCGACAGAGGGAUCAAUAAGGUGAUUUAUAUGCUGUUUAAAGAUUACGGGCUCUUCAGGAGCAACGGGGAGAAGUGGAAGGCGCUGCGCCGAUUCUCCCUCACGACCCUGAGGAACUUCGGGAUGGGCAGGAGAAGCAUCGAGGAGCGAAUCCAGGAGGAAGCCCGAUGCCUGGCGGAGGAAUUUAGAAGGAACAAAGACACUCCAUUCAACCCACAAUAUCUCCUGGGCCAGGCCGUCUCUAACGUCAUCUGCUCCGUGGCCUUCGGUGAAAGAUUUGACUACGACGACAAGGAUUUUAAAAGCCUCCUGGGGUAUUUAAGAGAAUUUGCUGCCCAGUUCAGCACCCUUUCCGGCCAGCUGGUCCAGAUGUUCCCGUACGCCCUCAGACGCCUCCCCGGUCCGCACCAGAAAAUCAUACAAAACGCAGAAAAACUGAAACGGUUCGCCAGGGAUAUGGUGAAGUCUCACCGAGAGACGCUGGAGGCAAACUGCCCCCGGGACUUCAUAGACUGCUUCCUCAUUCGGAUGGACGAGGAAAAAAAUAAUCCCAACACUGAAUUUGAAAUUGACAAUUUAUUGGGAACGAUCGUGGAUUUCUUCUUUGGUGGGACGGAGACCACGAGCAUGACUUUGAGAUAUGGCCUCCUGAUUCUGAUGAAGUAUCCAGAGAUACAAGAGAAGGUCCACGAGGAGAUUGACCAAGUCAUCGGCCAAGAUCGCUGUCCAUCGGUGGAGGAUCGGAGUAAAAUGCCCUAUACAGACGCUGUGAUCCACGAGAUUCAGAGAUUUGCUGAUGUUACCCCUGAAGGAGUGCCGCGCGCAGCCAGCAGAGACACGACCUUCAGAGGAUAUCACAUCCCCAAGGGCACUAUGCUGAUGCCGGUGCUGACCUCUGCCCUAAAGGACCCAGAACACUUUAAAAACCCUGAACAGUUUGAUCCCGGGCACUUCCUGGACGAGAACGGACGGUUUAAAAAGAAUGACGCCUUCCUGCCCUUUGCUGCGGGGAAGCGGAUGUGUAUCGGCGAAGGCCUGGUUCGCAUGGAGCUCUUCCUCUUCCUCACGGCCAUCUUACAAAAAUUCACUCUGAAGCCCGCCGCGGACACAAAAGACCUUGAAAUCACCCCGGAGCCGAACACCAAUUCUUCAAGACCUCGGCCGUAUCAGAUGUACGCCGUACCGCGCUAAACACGCUAAACACGCUAAACAUGGCGCAAGUUACUUCUCUACUGGAAGAAAAGUUAUUAAACAGAAACCUAGAACCUCAAAGUGUUUUAAAUAAAUGUAACAAUUUUAUUAAAAAAAAAUGUUUUUACACUGAUAUAAAGCAAUUUGACGAAACUCCUAAGCUUUGGUUUAUUUUAAAUAUUUAUAAAUGUGAAAAGUAAAGUUUUAAAUUGUAUUCCUUAAAAAAAA